AUGGCUUCUAUUGUGAAAUGUUUCUGGGCAUCACCCCAUUUUGCUUUGAAUUUGAACAAGAAAUGUCAUUAUAGAUCUGGAAUUCAGUGUUUAGCUAGUGGGGAUUCGGCUGAUGCUGCAUUAUCUGUUGAAUCUGUUAAAGUGAAUAGGAUUGUUAAUGGAGUAUCAUCUUCUGCUGUGAAGGAAAAGGAGAGUGAUGGGCUUUUAAUUGAGGUGGGGCAUGGUCAUAGGGGUUCAAAUGUGGAUGAAAAGAACAGGGAAAAAGUUUCUGAGGAGGAAAAGUUGGAGCCUUUAUGGGAUGAUGGAUAUGGUACUCAAAGUGUGAAGGAUUAUCUUGAUUUAGCCAAAGAGAUUAUUAAACCCGAUGGGGGCCCACCGAGGUGGUUCACCCCAAUCUCUUGUGGUCCGCCUUUAAAGGAUUCUCCAAUUCUUCUGUUCUUACCUGGAAUGGAUGGUCUUGGACUUGGCCUCAUUCUGCAUAACAAGUCUCUUGGCAAGGUCUUUCAAGUUUGGUGCAUGCAUAUUCCUGUGCAGGAUCGAACACCAUUUGAAGCCUUUGUAGAAUGGGUCGAAGAGACUUUGAGGUCCGAGCAUUCCUCAGCCCCAAAGAGACCCAUUUAUCUGGUGGGAGACUCAAUUGGUGGAUGCUUAGCACUUGCAGUUGCAGCUCGUAAUCCUAAUAUUGACCUUGUGGUGGUAUUAGCUAAUCCAGCUACUUCAUUUGGGAGGUCACAGCUGCAACCUUUGCUCCCUCUGUUGGAGGCCUUGCCUGAUGAACUUCAUACCACUGUUCCAUAUCUUCUAAGCUUUAUUAUGGGUGAUCCAGUGAAGAUGGCAACAGCUAAUAUUGACUCAAUGCUGCCUCCGACGCGAUAUUUUGAACAAUUAUCUGAGAACCUUACUGGUCUGCUACUGCGUCUUUCCGGUUUGUCUGAUAUCCUACCUAAGGAAACUCUUCUUUGGAAACUGAAGCUGCUCAAGUCUGCUGCAGCAUUUACUAACUCUCGUCUUCAUGCCAUCAAAGCAGAAGUACUUAUUCUUGCUAGUGGCAAGGAUAAUAUGCUUCCCAGUGAAAACGAAGCCUGGAGACUUUCGCGUUCAAUACGGAAUUGCAAAAUACGAUACUUCAAGGACAAUGGGCAUACCAUACUAUUGGAAGAUGGAGUUAAUCUAUUGACCAUUAUCAAAGGUACUUGCACUUACCGUCGUUCGAGGAAUUAUGAUUUUGUUGCGGAUUUUCUACCUCCCAGCAAGUCGGAAUUUAAGCAAACACUGUUGGGCAAUGGAUGGUUUCGCAAUUAUACUGGUCCUGUGAUGUGGUCUACUACUGAAGAUGGGAAGAUAGUGAGAGGUCUCUCAGGUGUUCCGAAUGAAGGUCCGGUCAUAUUGGUUGGUUAUCACAUGCUUAUGGGUUUGGAACUUGUUCCAUUAGUUGAACAAUUUCUUAUGGAGAAGAAGAUCUUGGUUCGUGGUAUAGCACACCCAACAUUGUUUUCACAGCUUGUUGAGAGUGAGAACAAGGAGCUUUCCAUCUUUGACACUUUGAGGUUAUAUGGUGGAUUACCUGUUAGUGCAGGCAAUCUUUUCAAAUUGCUCGCGACAAAAUCACACGUGCUACUUUAUCCUGGUGGUGCUCGUGAGGCUCUACAUCGCAAAGGCGAAGAGUAUAAAUUAUUUUGGCCUGAACAGCCAGAAUUUGUCAGGAUGGCAGCAAGAUUUGGGGCGACAAUUGUACCAUUUGGAGUUGUUGGAGAAGAUGAUAUAGCAGAGUUGGUUCUCGACUGUGAUGACCUGAUGAGAAUUCCAAAUAUAGGCGACAAAAUUAGAAGAGAUAAUGAGCGGUACAAAGAUCUAAACGUAAGGACUGGAAUGAGUGGGGAGGUUGCCAACCAAACUUUAUAUCUCCCGGGACUUCUGCCAAAAAUCCCUGGUCGUGUUUACUAUCUGUUUCGGAAGCCUAUUCCAACAAAGGGAAAACAAGAUAUGUUGAAGGACAGAAGUAAUGCGAAAGAACUCUAUUUGCAUAUAAAAUCUGAAGUUGAAAAUAGUAUAGCUUAUUUACUGAAAAGGAGAAAGGAAGAUCCUUACAGAGGUUUUGAAGGCUAUGUCCGAAGAUUGUUGCAAACGAGGGAAGGAGUCGAACAUUAG